UUUGGAGGGGGAUGGGUUGGGAUGGUCAGCUUCUUCCCUCCGGAUACCUGCUGGAAUCGGGAAAGCCGUCACCCCUCUUACCCUCACAUUCCCCGGAGGUGGCGAGAGAGGCGCCCCACUGGCCUGGAGCCCAGCAGGCCCGGAUACAGUUGGGCGAAUGAGGUGACCAUGGCCUUGCUGGGGAAGCACUGUGACAUCCCCACCAACGGCUGCGGGUCUGAGCGCUGGAAUUCCAACUUUGCCCGCAAGGACGAGCUCAUCAACAGCCUGGUGUCCGCCUUAGACUCUAUGUGCUCAGCGCUCUCCAAGCUGAACACGGAGGUGGCCUGCGUGGCGGUACACAAUGAGAGCGUCUUCGUGGUGGGCACCGAGAAGGGACGGAUGUUUUUGAACACGCGGAAGGAGCUGCAGUCAGACUUCCUCAGGUUCUGCCGGGGACCCCUAUGGAAAGAUCCAGAAGCAGGACACCCUAAAAAGGUGCAGCGCUCCGAGGGUGGUGGCCGGAGCAUCCCGCGGUCCUCGCUGGAGCAGUGCUCGGAUGUGUACCUGCUGCAGAAGAUGGUAGAGGAAGUGUUUGAUGUUCUUUAUAGUGAGGCUAUGGGCAGGGCCAGUGUGAUACCUUUGCCCUACGAGAGGCUGCUUAGGGAGCCGGGGCUCCUGGCCGUGCAGGGACUGCCUGAGGGCCUGGCCUUCCGGAGGCCAGCCGAGUAUGACCCCAAGGCGCUCAUGGCCAUUUUGGAGCACAGCCACCGAAUACGGUUUAAGCUCAGGAGGCCUCCUGAUGAUGGUGGACAGGACGCAAAGGCACUGGUGGAGAUGAAUGGUGUCACCCUGCUACCCAAGGGGUCCCGAGACUGCAGUCUGCAUGGCCAGGCCUCCAAGGUCACUUCCCAGGACCUGCCCCCCACCGCCACCCCAUCCUCCGUGACCAACUUCCUGUACAGCACUUCAGUGCCCAACCACCCCAUCCGGGAACUCAAGCAGGAGGCACCCACCUGCCCAUUGACCCCCAGCGACCUGACCUUGGGCUGGCCUGUACCUGAGUCCCAGGUCCCUAGUGCCCAAGAUUUCUCCGACUGCUGUGGACAGAAGCCCGCAGGACCUGCUGGGCCUCUCAUCCAGAAUGUCCAUGCCUCCAAGCGGAUCCUCUUCUCCAUUGUCCAUGACAAGUCAGAGAAGUGGGACGCCUUCAUCAAGGAGAUGGAGGACAUCAACACCCUGCGGGAGUGCGUGCAGAUCCUGUUUAACAGCAGAUACGCGGAAGCCCUGGGCCUGGACCACAUGGUCCCUGUCCCCUAUAGGAAGAUUGCCUGUGACCCCGAGGCUGUGGAAAUUGUGGGCAUCCCGGACAAGAUCCCCUUCAAGCGGCCCUGUACUUACGGGGUGCCCAAGCUGAAGCGGAUUCUGGAGGAGCGGCACAGCAUUCACUUCAUCAUCAAGAGGAUGUUUGAUGAGCGCAUUUUCACAGGGAACAAGUUUACCAAAGACCCCGUGAAGCUGGAGCCAGCCAGCCCACCAGAAGACACUUCUACAGAGGUCUGUAGGGACACUAUGCUGGACCUGGCUGGGACUGCUUGGUCAGACAAGAGCAGUGUCUCUGAAGACUGUGGGCCAGGAACCUCAGGAGAGCUAGGAAUUUUGAGGCCCAUCAAAAUUGAGCCUGAGGAGCUGGACAUCAUUCAGGUUACUGUUCCAGACCCUUCACCAACUUCUGAGGAGAUGGCCGACUCACUACCUGGGCAUCUGCCCUCGGAGGAUUCCGGUUAUGGGAUGGAAAUACCGGCUGAUAACCUAAAGGUGUGCUCUGUUUCAAGCCUAAGACCUCACACAUCCCAGGAAAACACUCUUGAACUGAGCUGCGUCCCCAGCCCUACGUACAAAGGUCCCAGUGAGGAGCCAUGGCCAGAAGAGAGGCCGGCAGAAGAAAGUCCUGGUGAUGUGAUCCGGCCCUUGCGGAAGCAGGUGGAGAUGCUGUUCAACACUAAAUAUGCCAAAGCCAUCGGUACCUCGGAGCCAGUGAAGGUACCCUACUCCAAGUUCCUGAUGCACCCCAAGGAGCUGUUCGUACUGGGUCUUCCUGAAGGCAUCUCUCUUCGCAGACCCAACUGCUUUGGAAUUGCCAAGCUUCGGAAGAUUCUGGAAGCCAGCAACAGCAUUCAGUUUGUCAUCAAGAGACCUGAACUGCUCACUGAUGGUGUCAAAGAGCCUGUAACCGAGACUCAAGAGAGGGACUCCUGGGACCGUCUUGUGGACGAGACCCCGAAGAGACAGGGCCUUCAAGAAAAUUACGACACCAGACUCUCGCGGAUCGACAUCGCCAACACGCUUAGGGAACAAGUCCAAGACCUGUUUAACAAGAAAUAUGGUGAAGCUUUGGGCAUCAAAUACCCAGUGCAAGUACCCUACAAACGAAUCAAAAGCAAUCCAGGCUCGGUAAUCAUCGAAGGUCUGCCUCCCGGGAUCCCGUUCCGCAAGCCCUGCACCUUUGGCUCCCAGAACCUGGAAAGGAUCCUCGCCGUGGCUGACAAGAUCAAGUUCACAGUCACCAGGCCAUUCCAAGGACUCAUCCCAAAGCCUGAUGAGGAUGACGCCAACAGACUCGGGGAGAAGGUGAUCCUCCGAGAGCAAGUGAAGGAGCUCUUCAAUGAGAAAUACGGUGAGGCCCUGGGACUGAAUCGGCCUGUGUUGGUCCCUUACAAACUGAUCCGGGACAGCCCAGAUGCUGUGGAGGUGAAAGGCCUCCCCGAUGACAUCCCCUUCCGGAACCCCAACACCUAUGACAUCCAUCGGCUGGAGAAGAUCCUGAAGGCCAGGGAGCAUGUGCGGAUGGUUAUCAUCAACCAACUCCAACCUUUUGCCGAAGUCUGCAAUGAUGCCAAGGUGCCAGGGAGUUCAGGAGGCCGACGCAGAACGGCCCCCAGCAUCCGGUCUCAGCAACUGUUUCUCCCAUCAGCCAAAGACAUUCCCAAGCGCAAGAGGAAGCGGGUCUCGGAAGGCAACUCGGUCUCCUCCUCUUCCUCUUCUUCAUCCUCGUCCUCUAACCCAGAGUCUGUGGCAUCCACCAACCAGAUCUCCCUUGUGCAGUGGCCAGUGUACAUGGUGGACUAUUCCGGACUAAACGUGCAGCUUCCAGAUCCCCUCGACUAUUAGACCUCAGAGCCGAAUCAGGACCUCAACUCAGAAAGACUAAAGGAAAUGUAAUUUAUGUACAAAGUAUAUUCGGAUAUGUAUCGAUGCCUUUUAGUUUUUCCAAUGAUUUUUACACUAUAUUCCUGCCGCCAAGGCCUUUUUAAAUAAGUAAAAAAAAA